AUGUCACAUCCAAAACUUUACGAAGCUCGUGGUGCACAUUAUAAUCAUGACAGCCAAACGACUAGUUUUUGUUUAUAUGCACCUAAUGCAAGAAGUAUUUGGCUUAUAUUAACUACCUAUGGUAUAAAAAAAUAUCGAUUGCAAAUGAUCAAAAAUCAUGAGGGUCUAUGGAAAAUUGUAACAGAUAAAGCUCCACCUGGUCAAACUUAUCUUUACUUAAUUAAUGAUUAUCAUGGAAAAUACAUGUUACGAACAGAUCCAAUAAGUUUUUCUAUUGUCUCGAAUUGCAUAACUCGACGUGCUCAAUCAGUUGUUCAUGAUGAAACAGUUUAUAAAUGGGGUGAUCAAAAUUGGAUGAGACAACGUGCUCAAACUAAUCCAUUGAAAUCACCAUUAUCUAUCUAUGAAAUUCAACCAAAAUCAUGGAAAAGUAAUGUCUAUUGGCCAUUAAACUUUCGUCAAAUAACAAGUGAAUUAGUGACUUAUUGCAAUCAAAUGGGUUUCACUCAUGUCGAA